UCCUGUGUGCCGCCUCUUUUGUACGGUAACCGAAGAGGGUCAAAGCAUAACUUAGCGCGAAGCAGCCUGUCCGCCUUUCCCGUGUUGUGGCCUCCUCCGGCGCCUGUUUGGCCAUGGCUCAGAGCGCGCCGCCGCCCUUCGACCCCAACAACCCGCCCUUGAUCGAGGGCUUCACGCCAACCGCCUUCCACCCGGAGGAGAGGUUCGGGGACAAGUUCCGGCGCAAGAUCCGCGAGAAUCCGCUCGUGCCCAUAGGAUGCCUUAGCACAGCAGGAGUUUUGACCUAUGACUCAUCUGCUUCAAGAAGGGAAAUACCCAGCAAUCCCAGAGGAUGAAUGCGGGCACGUGUUGUGGCCCAGGGCUUCACUGUCGCGGCCAUAUUGGUGGGUGUGGUGGUUACGGCAAUGAAACCAAAGAAGUGAACCUGCUACUGUUGUGCAGUCACGUGUGGCUAGCCAAUAUCAUACCGAGUCUUUCUGCAUGGAGAGGGUGCUUUCUACACCUUGUGGGGUGAUGUUUUGUAGUGACCAUCAAGUGCCAGAUGGUUCCGUUAAAUAUAUAUAUACACAUAAAACAGUGUUCACUUAUUCAAGUAAGUAAACCUUGUCACUGGUAUA